UAUUAUUUUUAUAUUUAAUAUGACAUCAUAUUGUAUCUUUCUUAUCGACAUUUUCUUCUCUAAAAAAGUACACAGAGACCAAAUCUUAAAAAUGGAAAGAAGUAGUUGAACUACGUAGACUUAAUUGAACCACUUCUUUUAUGCGACCAGCUCAAGUUGAAUAGAAGUGUUACAGAUAAACAAAUAGAAAAUCCUCAGCGGGAUUCAUAUUUUAAAAAAAGCAAGGACAACAAUAAUUCGGGUUUUUAUCAAUUUAGAUUUAAGAUUUCAGAAACCUAGACCAGGAUGCAGAUAAGGAAAGGAUCUGAUGAAACUUUUAUAAUCCAUCAAAAUUUCCCAAUAAGAAAAAUGGAGAGAGCCUGCCAGUGUACCUGACCUAGUAGAAUACUAAAGUUAAAGUGAUAUUUUGUGAAUUGUUAAACCCUAGAUGCCGUGUAUAUGAGUGCCCAUCCAUAUAGCGGAGGGGGGCAUCUUCAGAAUGGAAGAUCCUUCAGCCCCCCUGUCCGGCCUCAAUAUAGUUCAAGUGGGGGCAGUGCUCCGCCCUCCCUGCCAGAUAGGUUUAAUAUCUCCCCCUCCCCCUCACAAGGUCGACUUAGCCUACCGCCUGAUAUGAGGGGGGUGAAUAGCCCCCCCUCAAACUUCGGAAGGGUCCCUUGCACCCCGCCUAAGCGGGGAAGGACACCCCCACCCCAAGCACACGGUCAGGGGCGUGUCCAAAGAUCUCCGCCCCCAGCAAGUUAUAAAAGAGAAGGAGGAGGAGAAAAGAAGAAUAUUUUGUCCAGAAACAUAAAUGGAACAUUUGUGAUGACGACCCAACCAUCAAAUGAGAGUGAACUGCAGCUGUACAGAGUACUGCAGAGAGCUAAUCUACUUCACUACUACGAUACUUUCAUAUCACAAGGCGGUGACGAUGUUCAACAGCUUUGUGAAGCAGGGGAGGAGGAAUUCUUAGAAAUUAUGGCUCUGGUUGGAAUGGCAAGCAAACCGUUGCAUGUUCGCCGAUUGCAAAAAGCUCUCCAAGAAUGGGUCCAAAAUCCAGCUAAAAUGGCUCUCCUAUUGCAGACUCUAAAAUUUCAGUUUGUAAUGGGAAUGUCGGAAGAGGAUAAUAGAAAAAUGGAUGAAAUCCGCAAAUUUUCUGCAAUUUACGGUCGAUUUGACUGCAAGCGGAAACCGGAAAAACCACUAACUUUGCAUGAGGUGUCUGUGAAUGAGGCAGCAGCCCAGAUUUGUCGUCUUGUCCCUGCCAUGUUGACCCGUCGUGACGAGCUGUUCCCGCUAGCCAGGCAGGUCGUCAGGGACUCAGGAUACCAGUACAGCAAGGGGCAUUCCAGGUCAACGUUUACGCUAUCUGGAAAGCUAUUUGGUGAAGACGGGUUGGGUCCUUUUAAAAGAAUGCGCUACGCUGAAGACAGUGAAAUCACACAAAGACGACGGGAAAGGUUAGAUCAGAUCUGCGAGGAGUCCCGUCUUAUCUCUGAACGCGUUGAAGAGCUCCGAACUGCUGGGGGACAGAUUCGAGGUCAGGGGGCUGAUCUUCAUCAGAUUCAGCAGAUCACACAGCAGCUGGAGCUCCUACAGUCAAAGCAGCAACAGCUUCUACAGGAGAGAGAUGAACAUCAGAGAUGUAUUAGGUAUAGUUCCCGAGUGUCAACGUGUAGUGACCCUGAACGCGGAGAUACGGACGACGAGAACUCACAAAGGUCGUAUUCCAACGCUAGUUCUCCUUCCGCAUCCCUCCAGGCACCGCCUAAUUACGUUUUGUCAGCGAGUGGAGGACAGAUUAUUGCUGUCCAGAAUCCAGCCCUUUCUCUUUCCGGAGCUUUUGGUGGGCGUGGAAGCCCACCCAUCUCUGUCCAAGCCGGUCAUCUAUCAGGGGGCCUACGUAACCGAAGUACCCCGCCCCACUCCGCCUCACCCAGCAUGAAGCAGGAACCAAGUUCUCCGCCCCCCUAUCCACCAUCUAGCAAGGAAUAGACCACAUCUACUUCCAGCACAGGAUUAGAUCUCGAAAACAGCCCCUCCCUCCCCCUCCCCGAUUAAUUUAAUUUAGUAAAAUUCAUAUCUUUCUCGAUGAUAUCAAACUAAACCUUAAAGGUGUAAAAUUUAAGUGUACAAUUGCUGUGACAUUUUGGCUUCUUGGAACCACAAAAUAAUUCUUAAAAGAGCUUCAUUCUCCUGAGUCGGCCAUUCCAAGUGAUAAAAGUAGAACAUUUUUGGCAUUGAAAGCUGCUCAGCAGCUUUCAAUGCCACUUUAAAGGCCUAAAAAGGCCCCAAAAAAUUGUUUUUGUAUCGAUAGCUUAGAUUUAACAUACAGCUAGGUCUAAAAAAGGGAUGCCUUAUUAAUAAUUAAUUUAAUUGCGCUCUUUGGUGCACAUGUUUACAAAUCUUUAAUUGUUUUUCUACGAUAUGUUUGUGUAACAUGAUGUGAUCUCUAAAAUAACUUUUAUUUAUCUCUCUUCAAAAGAUGUUUUCUAACGUGUCGGCUUCUAAAUUUUCCCAGUGAAGAAAAACAAGUAUCCAAGUUUUUAAUUCUCUUCCUUAAAUGUUUUUUUUUUCGUUUAGAUUUAAUCGA